UUUGGUAUGUAGGUGUUGCAGACUUGUCUUACUAAGAUAUAGGCCGCAGCCACAGUGAUGAUGGUUCAUUCUCUUUCUCUGAUUUUUCUGCUCAUGAUGCUGGCUCAGCUCAUGAUGGAAUACAACACAAUGGAAAACAGCAUGACUCCUACUGUUGCAGACAUUCGAAACAAUAGCCCAAAGACGGUCUUGGUUUCUAGCAGUCCAUCUGAUGGAAUACCUGAAGGUGGUUCAGUGACUCUGACCUGCAGCAGUGACGCAAACCCACCUGUGGAGAGCUACACCUGGUUUAAGAGAUGUGGAACUGAAGAUUUACAAGUAUGGACCGGUCAGAGUUACAGCAUAAAAAAUAUCAGCAUUGAAGACAGUUACAAAUACAAGUGCAGGGCAUCCAACCAGCAUGGAUCUGCGUUCUCAGAGUACACGCCACUGGAUAUUUUAUAUAGCCCAAAGAAGGUCUUGGUGUCUAGCAGACCAUCUGAAAUACCUGAGGGAGGUUCAGUGGCUCUGACCUGCAGCAGUGAAGCAAACCCACCUGUGGAGAACUACACCUGGUUUAAGAGAUCAGGAACUGAAGAUUUACAAAUAGGGAACGGUCAGAGUUACAGCAUCACACAUAUCAGCAGUGACGACAGUUACAAAUACAAGUGCAGGGCAUCCAACCAGCACGGAUCUGCAUUCUCAGAGUACACACCACUUGAUAUUUUAUACUCUCCGCAAAAGAUGUCAGUGUCAGUGACCCUGAAAUGCAACACUGAUGCUAACCCACCUGUGAUGGACUACGUCUGGUAUAAAAAAGGUGAAAGUGAACCUGUGGCGUAUGGGCAGACUUACAGCUUCGCAAGUAUCACUAAAGAGGACAGUGCGCCAUUCUACUGUAAGACUAGAAACAGAAUUGGCCAUGACUAUGCAUAUCCUGUACCAGUCACAUGUACAGAGGAGUGUUCUAAAGCAGGUGCUGGCAUCGGUGGAUUCUGUGGAGGGUUCAUUGCAGCCAUUCUCUUCACCGUUAUGUGGAUAAGGAGGAAGAAUCAGACAACAAGUGGAAAUGAUAACAGUAAUGGUGAACGCAGGAGGAAGAAGCAGAAGGAGACAGCAAUUGAAGAUGUUUAUGAGAAUGUUGAAGACAUAUACACAGCUCUUAAUCUGAAGACCAAGACCUCAGAUGAUGUGUAUGGAGAACUAACAACUGAGAGCAGUCUUCAUUGUGCUAGGACUCAGGUGUAGAUCUUCAGAGCAACCUCUUCUGACUCCAACUCUGUAGAAUCAUCACCAGAACCAUCGUGGUGGAUACAAACCACAUAACAGAUUGGAUCUACAAAGGAGGAAUAAGAGAAAAACACAGCGAUGUUACUGUUAAUGCUUAUGUUUAUACAUAGUCUUUCUUAUAAAGCAUACAAGUUCCACAUUUACCUGCUAAAGCUUUGCAACGUCCUAUUUGACUUAAGUGGCAAUAAUCAUUAUUACAUACCUUAGCCUUAUCGGUCCUUUCUGUUUUCAUACAUUAAUGUUUUCUCAAUGAUAAAACCCAGCAUGCAUUAUGCCAAUACUUAAUACAACCUUCAAGAAACCUCAUCCAGAAGAGCAGACGGAGGGUUCCUAGUCUUAAA